CCUGAGUUGAUAACGAGUAAAAAAUAUGUGUGAAUUUAUGUGGUGUUAAAGCAAUGACGUUUUGUUCUGAUCCAACAACAAUCGUUAGCUAGUGUAAUUUUAACGUUACGAUGGGCUUCAAACUGAAAGCUCUAGUCGUAGUGUCAUCUGGGCUAGUUGUAGGUGUGUGUACAUAUGCCGCAUACCGAACAUGGAAAAAGAGACAGAAUAGUGCAGAUGAUGAAGGUUUUGAAGAUGUAUCUAAAUUGGAAGAAUCAUUGGAAAAGAAAGUCUUAGUGCUGGGUUUGGACCGAUCAGGUAAAUCAACACUGGUUUCACAAAUUGUAAAAGACGUUGGACAGAAAAGUAUAAUUUCAAGCUCUCUCUACAAACCGACUGAAGGGUUUAAUGUCACAUCUUUGUCAGAUGGAGCUUCUCCUACUGUUAACAUAUGGGAAAUUGGUGGCAAAGAAAGUGUAAGAAGAUAUUGGGCUAAAUUUUUCCAGGAUACAGAUAUAUUGGUGUUUGUAGUUGAUGCCAGCAAUAAUUCAAAUUUAUCAGUUGUUGUGAACGAGAUCAAAUCAUUACUCGGCGAUGCCCGUUUAGCUUCUGUUCCCAUAUUAGUUCUUGCCAAUAAACAAGAUGUAGCUGGAGCUCUUGGCGCUGAACAGAUCUCAAAUGUACUCGAUUUGAAAAGCAUUCCAUCUAGAUCACAUCAAGUAAAAGUCUUAGAAACUCAAACAAAACCAGGAUCAAGUGAAAUUCAUCCAACUGUAUUAGAAGUCCGAAAAGUACUCUUAAAAUUAAGUUCCCAUGUGUAACAUGAAAGUAUUUUUUUUUUUCUAAUUAAUAUGGAGGUGUAUAUAUACAAUGUAAUUUUUUUACAAUUCCU